ACUGUCACUGUCACCUGUUCUGUCACUUCUAUCAAGAGAGAGAAAGAUGAUUAUUUAUUUUUACAAGAUGGGUAACCUUAAAUUAAUUGUUAACUUAAAUUAACACUAUCUUAGGUACAACAAAAGUAUGGUUAAGUAAAAAAGAACGAUUUGAAAUUUGCAAAUUUGGUGAUCCAAUAUGAAUGGGGGAGUACUUUCUCACAGGAGUAUCAACUGGAAAGAGUUUGCUUGUGGAUGGGGAGCAGCCCUUAUAAAUGUAUCCGUCACUUAUCCAAUCAAUAAAUUAAUCUUUAGACAGAUCCUCCAUGGCACAAAAAUAUACCCAGCUUUCUUACAACUACGAAGCGAAGGUAUCCACUACCUCUACAGAGGGAUCCUUCCACCACUAUGUCAAAAAACAUUAUCCUUGUCGAUAAUGUUCGGAGUAUACGAGGAAGUCAAAAGACCUUUGAUACAGCUAGGAUUCAAUCCGUACGGUGCUAAAGCUAUAGGCGCACUAGUAUCAGGAACAACAGAAGUCAUACUGAUGCCCUUCGAACGAGUACAAACCAUUUUAGCAGAUUCUAAACAUCACACAGACUUUAGGAACACUUUACACGUAUUUAGGGAAUUAGGCAAAUUCGGGAUCAGGGAAUACUAUCGGGGAUUAGUGCCGAUCAUACUUAGAAACGGGCCUUCAAAUGUGGGCUUUUUUAUAUUACGGGAAGAGAUGCAAGAACGGUUCCCGAAGUACCAAAACGAGUUUUUAAGGACAUCUUUAGAAUUUUUAUGUGGUGCAAUGAUUGGGGUGAUACUCUCCACGGUGUUUUAUCCUUUAAACGUAUUAAAAAUUAGAAUGCAGAGCAAAAUAGGCGGCUCGUUCGAGAAUCCUUGGAGGGUACUCUUAGAUAUUUACAACGAAAGAGGCGGGAAAGUUAGAUAUAUUUACUACGGGGUGCAGGCGAACUAUACCAGGGCCUUUAUUAGUUGGGGGGUCAUGAAUACUGCCUACGAACACCUCAAAUCUAUGGUUAAUGAAGUUUAAGAUUAUAAACGUUUUUGUGAUGUGAUAAAAUUUUUAAAAGACGCAUUAAAUGAAGUAUUUUUUCGCUGAUCGAACAACAAUAUUAACAAAACGAAAAUAACUGGAAAUAUUUAUUUCUGCGUUUUGUGGAAAUAAACAGUUCCUAAUUAAUAUCCCAGUGGAGUUUGUUACGAAUAACUUGUAAAACUAAAUAAGGUGAACAUACUAUGUAUAUUUCAAUGGAACAAUCGAUCAGCGAAAAAAUAAUAUGUAUAUCUCGUGGUAAAUACAACAUUUCUGACUUAUGAGAUCUGGUCCUUGGUUCUGAGUAAUCUUCUUGUCACAGAACGUACAGUGCACCACGUCAUGGAUCAAUAGGAUUCCAUCCCAAAAAGAGAUCCCAAAGACACUGUAGAAUGGCAAAGACUUUUCCAAAAGAUGAUCCUUCAAAAUAUGUCAACUAACGGCGUUCAUAGGUUACAAUGCUGUUAUGACUCACCUGGUAAGAAUGGCAGAGAGCCUCAAUAUAAUCUAAAACAUUUUCGGUCGCAUUCAGGAACUCAUAGACUCCAGAGAACCACCUUCGGGGGCAUUCUUCAACAAUGUGACGAGACAGUCUGUUGUUCCGCACCACAUUCAGAAGUAAGGGCUUUUCCCCAUCUAUGUAAGCUGUUAGCACUUCUAUCAGUGUUUAUUUUUAUUAUGUUCAGAGUUGGCAUGUAUUGCGAGGCAGUUCGAAGACAGACAGUUUGUGAUCAAUACAGGCCAUUUGGUGUACUUCCUGUGGUGAGACACAAUCCCCUUGUCUUCUCCAGGCGUUGGUGAGGCUGAAACGUUGCUAAUUUGAAGAGGUGUCCUUUAACAAUGGAGGAUAUCUGGAACUAAGUCUUCGUUUCGAUAUCAAGCUUGUCAUGGUGGAUGGGUAUCCCACCGCUGCCACCAUGUUCUGUUAAAUAAAAGGGUUCUUAGACUUUAUCAGGUUUAUUGAACUCAAUAUAAAACAGUCAGGUUAGGAGAGAUGAGAUCUGCCAUCGGCCUUGACGUAUUAGUGACUGACUUUACUACUUACAGAGUUGCCAGAUUGUGCCGAUAGUAGAAUAGUUAGCUUGGAUUUUUCUGUAUAAGAGAAUGGCUUCUUCGUAGUUUCGGAGGUAGGAUAUGACUCAGAAUAUGAAGCCAAUAGUUAGUUGUUAAUCUAAUUAUACCUGAAAUCAUUCGCAUUGUCUGGUUUAAUUGGAUGGCAACAAUCUUCGUGUGUUUGUUGUUGAGCCAUACUGGGGAAGCUGUCUAGACUGUCUAGAAAUCAUCCAGCUAUUUCCUAGCAUAUUUGCCACACUGAGGUAAACAUUCUAAAUGGAUUUUAUCGGAACCGGGUGCCUGUCCAGACUUAAUUUCUGAUAUUGCUGACGUGAUUUCUUCUUGAGUAAACUAGCCAGAGUAUUCAGAUAUGGGUGGGUGUGCAGACUUUUCAGUUCUUAUUAUACUUAAGGACGAUGCUUUUCUUCUCGAUUUACUUAAGUUUAGUUUUUCCACAGUCUGUAGAUAACAAAACUGUCUUUAGAUAACAAAAAACCGAAGAAAAUUAAUUUCACAGUUUUUUGUUUUGUUGGCAGAAAAUACAAAUUAUAUGCAACGACGCAUACAAAAACCACUUAAUAUUCUGAAUCAGAUUGUUCUCUUUAUUCCUCGCUUCCUUUUGAUAUAUGGGACAUUAAAUUUGCAAACUAAUACGUGGAGGUUUGGGUAAUUUAAUUUCUUGAAGAUCUCACUUACUUACUUUCGCUGUCAUAACGUAAUCCGCCUCAACUGAUGCACUAUCCUAAAUAUGUACAGCCGGUUCCUAAAAAAACUGAUACGACUCUUACUAAGAUUUGAUCAUGUUGAGCAGUGUAUUUGAUUGAUCUGACAUUAUAUUUAUUAUGACAGACAAAUAAUAAAAUAAACAAACAACAACCAACUGAUUCAUGAAAAAACUAAUAAGUAUUUUAGAAAAAUUUAAACGCAGGAUGAAAGAUUACGAUAUUACCGGGGGUGGAAAGCCCCUUAGAAUAAACAAGCAGUUUCUAUUGAAUGAAAUAUUUGAAAUUAAAUAUCACACUUUUUUUAUUUUCAGCCCUGUAACUUAUUAAAAUAAAUAUUAUAGAAGUUUUCAGGGACUUUCAGCCCUCGGUAAUAAUGUAGUCUUUCAUUCUGAGUUUAAAUUUUUCAAAAAUAUUUAUUAGUUUUCUCAGGAUUCGAAAAAAAAAAUGAAUACAAUUAAAAUACAUUGAGAAUUUUGACAUGCGUCACAAUUUUGCAUUAACUCAAUGUAAAAUUCUAAACUGUUGAAUUCCAGCUUCCCUAAUUAUUUGACAUCAAAAGACAUUAGAAACUGCAUUGAAAUCUGUAUUGAAAACAACUGUUAAAAUUGGUCUACGUAAUUAAACAUAUUCCAAAAUUUUGUAAAAAUGUAAUACCUACAUUUCAGUUUUCAGCCCAAACUUAGGCCACACACAAUGCAAUAAUGUUCACAUUUUUGAACUGUCAAUAUUUUUAUUUUAUCAUUUAUUGUUUAAAAACAAUACAGUUGAUAAGAUACACUCAGUUGCGGAGAAAGUAUUAAUAAUAAAGAUUAAUAAUAAAGUCUAAUAACCGUGGAACAGAAUAAGCUAUCUGACAAAUUUUAAGAUUUGGCAGUGACAUUGACAGUAUGUAAAUAUUAAGUAUUUAUCCUUCAAAAUACACUGCUCAAUUUUCUACAAAAUACGCGUCAAGAGUCGUAUCAGUUUUUUUUGGAACCAGGUGUACCUCUAAAUUGAAACUUUGAUUUUACUAUUUUUGAUCAGGAAUUGGCGAUUUGACAUGUCUGUGCGUCGUUCAGGAAUGUUUUUCUUUACUACUAGAUAUACAAUACACUAUUAAAGAAUUUUUAACCAAAUUUUUUCUUUGCAAAUGUAACAAUUAAUACACAAAUGAGAGAUUAUGUUGAACGAGUUAUAUUGCUAUAAGUAUUUUAUUACUUGUUGUAAACAUGUAAAAUAAACAAGAUAAUGAGACAUUUUUUUCGGCCAUUAUGUAGUUUGCUUAAAAUCUAAUAAAUGUUUAUAUUGUUUUCCAAAAA